ACGCUCCUACAGCUUCCUAGUCUAGCACUCAUCCACGCACUCAUGGUCUGGCCCACGAGCCCUUCAUUCACUAUCCUUCCUCUCGUCUAGCAUGGUCACCCCGGAGGAGAUCGGCGCCGGUCUCCUCUCCCUCUUCCACCUCUUCCUGCUCCCCUUGACCUGGCUUUCCCUCACACCUACCGCCUUCCUCCUCUCGGUCCUAGCCCUAGGCCCGCUACCCAGGCAUGUAGCCUUCAUCAUGGAUGGCAACCGACGUUGGGCUCGCUCCCUGAACUCGCGCAUCGAAGCAAAACAGCAGCAGCAGGAGCGCCAAGGUUCUGCAGAAGGACAAAAGACACCUUCUGGCCAUCAGAGUGGCUUCCAGGCCCUGAAGCGGGUGCUGGACCUCUGCCUACAGCUCAAGGCCAUUGAGCACGUGACAGUGUAUGCCUUUGCCAUUGAUAAUUUCAAGCGCAAGGCAGAGGAAGUUGAUGAACUCAUGGCGCUGGCUAGGUCUAGUCUCAUUGAGCUGGCGGGUCACGGAGAGCUACUGGCGCGGCAUCAAGCUAGGUUGAGGGUGGUGGGGAGGGUGCACCUGUUACCUCCGGACGUGCAGGAGGCGGUCAGAAGGGUGGAGGAUCUGACCAGGGACAACAAGGGUCCCACGCUCAAUAUCUGCAUACCCUACUCAUCGAGGGACGAAAUGGCAGGCGCAGUCCGCUCGCGUGUGGAGGCCAAGAUGCGGGCACAGAGGCCGCAAGCCAACGGCCACUGUCACAGUCCCAAUGAGGCGGAGGAGGAGGACGACGAUGCGGCAAUGGCAACAGAGCUGGAAGCGUUGGACAAGGAGAUGCUGCUGGCCCACUCUCCGCCGGUGGACGUCAUGGUCCGGACAAGUGGUGUGCACCGGCUAUCUGACUUCAUGCUGUGGCAGAUCACUCCCUCUACUACAAUGCACUUUGUGCCGACCUAUUGGCCCGUCUUUGGGAUGAGGGACAUGCUGCCGAUUUUGCUAGACUGGCAAGCCCACCAAUUCCGCAAGUGGCUGUGGGGAAUGGACGGAGGGGUUCUGCCGAAUACUUCGUCGUGUUGAGUAUAGUGUUGCGUUCACAUUGUCACCCAUUUACAUACAAUAGACGAGCAUCUCUGCGUAGCGCUGCU